AUGAUAAGGAAGGCCGCGCUGUCCCUCUUCAAGGAAGACACACCAGGAACACCGUACUUGGCGAAGCCAUUCCUUAAUAUCAACUUUUUAAACGAGGAAGAGCUCCCCUUUUGGCUGACCGAUGAGAAACAUAUUAAAAAGUGCAACUCGAUUUUCAACUCGAAAAUUGUUGCCUACCCAGUUUAUGUGGCCCAGACAAUUCAUAAGUAUAAGCCGUCAGCCGUCCCACAGUACUCCACGGCCUUUUUUUUCUUUUUCUUUACAUGUGCAAAAAUCCCCUAUUUUUCUCCUCUCACCACGCAGGGGCGUACCCGGCAUUUGUUUAUUUUCAACCUGCUAAAUCACCUCUCAAUUGUGGACUUACCUGGCUAUGGCUUUGCCAAGGUUGCUAAGGACAUGCGUGAUAACUGGUCCAUCCUUAUCGAGGAGUAUCUCAACAGAGCGGUCAACUUGAAGCGCGCUCUGUGUUUGAUAGAAUGUACCGAGUUUUUCACUCCACACGAUUUUGUCUUACUCGACAUGCUAAUAACCAAGGGGGUGCCUUUUCAAAUUGUUGUUACGAAAGUGGAUAGGCUUCGGGCACCCGAGCUGCACAAGCUCAUGUUUAGAGUCCUCUCCGUGAUUGACGAUUACAAGAGGAAAGUUAAAUCGCUGAACGAGCGCACCCACAAGGAGAAAACCUACGACAUGAGAAUAAGCAGCUACUUAUUUAAUGUAUCCAGUCUGAAAAAUUUCGGCGUUCAGCAGUUGAGGGCACACUUGGGGCUGAUAGCAACUGACAACAUGCUUGUGAAGAAGUGA